CCUCUCUCCCCCUCUCUUUACUGCCUCUUAUUCAAAUUUGGGUCAGGGGUGAGGAUUUCUCACGUCACACAAGCUUGCAGGCAAGAUGGCGCUCGGAAAGCUGUGAGAUGUGAGAUCAGAAUGACUGUUUGAAGAGCUCCUGUCGAUGCAUUAAGGUUUCAUAGGUGAAGAAAAAGAAGUUGGAAAUGGAAUUGCCAAAUCAUGCCAAACAAUUGCUGCUGCAGCUAAACCAACAAAGAGCCAAAGGUUAUCUGUGUGAUGUGAUCAUUGUAGUAGAGAAUGCCCUUUUUCGGGCCCACAAGAACAUUCUGGCAGCCAGCAGUAUAUAUUUUAAAUCCCUUAUCCUUCAUGACAACUUGAUUAACCUCGACACAGACAUGGUCAACCCGUCGGUUUUCCGGCAGAUUCUAGACUUCAUUUACACCGGCAAGCUUUUGUCGUCCGAUCAGUUCAGUGAUCACAAUUUCAAUGCCCUUCUAACGGCAGCAAGCUACCUCCAGCUUCACGACCUGGCUGCUCUCUGCAGGAAGAAGCUAAAGCGUAAUGGGAGAUCGCUCCUUAAUAAACCAACCACGUCUACCAAUGGAAGAAUGUCUAGAAACCAAAGGCUGUCCUCUACAACUGUAACUCCAAGCCAAAUGUCAGGGUUAAAGGACAGUAAUAAAACAAAGAGGCACGAAGAGCUACUCAAAGACGACUUGUCAGAGGAUGAGAUGUUUGUGAGAAACACCCACUGUGCAGCCUCAGCAAAUUCGCUCAGUCCCUCAAUGAGUAAGAAUGGAAGCAACAGCAGUUGUGGCAUGCAGGAACUUGGCCUAGACCUUUCCAAGAAAAGCCCCUCGGGGAGCACAGCCACUGAAGAAGUAAGUCCUAGCAGCAUCCCACAAGAAUCACCUCAAUCUGCCUCAGAAUCCACAGCCAACAGUGCCUCAUUUGAUGAGAACACCAACACGCAGAACCUCACCCCUGGAGAGCCCAUGGAGCUUGGCGGAGGAGAAUGUGAAGAGAGCCAACCACCUCCGGACGUCGACCAGCAUAAAAGUUCCCGGCAGGUUGCCCGGCAGAGGCGGCAACCCAAGAGUGAAGGCAGCAAAGGUGAAGAUGCAGAACGAGGAACUUUACCCAAUGGAGUUGCAAAAAGAUUGAAAGUGGCUGGGGAGAGGCUCCCUGGAGGAAAUGGCAACUCUGAAGUAUCCUUCCAGUGUAAAGAUGAUGAGGAAGGUUUAGAGAACGGACAGGAGCAAAGUGAAGAGAGUGGACAGAGCGAGAGCGAUGGUGGGCGGAAUAGCGCCAAUUAUGUCUACCGUCAGGAAGGCUUUGAGCCUGCCCUCGGUGACAACCUUUACGUUUGCAUCCCCUGUGGUAAAGGCUUCCCAAGUUCAGAGGAGCUGAACGCCCACGUGGAGACCCACACGGAGGAAGAGUUGUACAUCAAAGAGGAGGAGGAUGAUUCAUAUCCAAAGGAAGAUGAAGUAGAAGCGGAAGACUUGUCUUCACAAAUAACCCAUGUCCACAGCACUGAGUCACGUCGCUUCAGCUGCUCGGUCUGCAACAAGAGCUAUAAAGAUCCGGCCACUCUUCGGCAACACGAGAAGACCCACUGGCUCACCCGUCCCUUCCCCUGCAACAUCUGCGGCAAGAUGUUCACUCAGCGUGGCACCAUGACCCGCCACAUGCGCAGCCACCUGGGGCUGAAGCCAUUCGCCUGCGAUGAGUGCGGCAUGCGCUUUACCCGCCAGUACCGGCUCACGGAGCACAUGCGUGUUCACUCAGGUGAGAAGCCGUACGAAUGUCAGCUAUGUGGGGGCAAAUUUACCCAGCAGCGUAACCUCAUUAGCCACUUACGAAUGCAUACCUCCCCGUCAUAAGCCAAAGACACCUUGAACAGGAGACCCUCAGCAAAAAGAGUCAAUGCACACUUCUUCCUUUUGAAGUAGACUGCAAGGAGCCAAUAACCCAAAGGAGGAUUUUCUUCUGCUAUAAAUGACAGGAGGAGCCUUUCAAAUGAUGAGCCCCAACAAUGGAAAGAAUAACCAAGUCGGUAUGAGUUUAUGGGCUUCUGAUUUUCUUUUUCCUAUUUGAAUUUUGCUGUGAAUGUAAAACUGGGGUACUAAUGCUGUUGUAUGAUUCCCUGGGAUAUUGUGACCACUCUCAACCACUGCAAUCCAUGCGUUGCUUUUACGAUAUGUCUUGAGUCCAUGUGGUUUGUUUGGUUAAUUUUUUGGUAACCCAGAAAUAUUAUUUCUUUCCAUUCUUGGUCCUUGAUGUAGUACCACUCACGAGAGUUCUGGUGGUAUAUUUUAUGUAGAGCUCUCAGCAAGGUUUGGGCUUGUACUGACCAAGUUCUUCUAUACACAAAGAUUCUAAUUCUUUGAAGUGUCUCCUAAGAUAGUGUUGUUAGACAUGCCAGAUGGCUUGUCUGUCAUCAUUUAAGUAGUGUUUCAUAAAAGCUUUGUGCAUCCAACCAAACAUUUCCCAGUAUACCUACUCUGCACGUAACAUCCAUUGGCUUUAUUCUAAGUGUAGCUGGAAAACAGGGUUUUUGAUAAGUUUUGUACUGUGGUUGAUGAUUUGGUUAUCAGAUUUUGCAUGGAUAUAACCUAAUGUGCCCUGCUCCUACAUCUGGAUGCAAGCCAAUGGCAAAGUGGUGACGAGAGGCAAUGGGUAUUUACUCGCAUAGUAUAUAGGGGUUUACUCUCAAAGAAAAGCCAAACUUAAAGGUACUUUUUAGAUUUCUUUAGAUAACUUAUUAAUAUGCUUCUGUGAAUGUUUUAACUGAAAGUUCUUUCCUUUAUUUCUUUUGGGAUAAGAGAAGGUUGAGUUUGUUUGGGUGAUGGGUUGGGCAUGGUUCAUUAAAUUCUGUCAGUACUGUUAUUUUUUAAGUUUUUGAUUUACGUUUUUCCCUUCAUUGAACAAGGCGAGUCUGUAAGGUCUUGUCUCAUUGCUACCUCUUAAUUAAGAACAAUACCUUAAUUGGAACUAUGGAGGUCUCUGAAUAUAGAUGUAUAAAGUUUGCUGAGGCUUUCCAAGUAGUAGUAACCUGCCCAUCAACAAAGGAUUUAAGUUUUAAAAGCAUUAAUGUAGAGAAUAGCUUCUUUGGGCGCAUGUAUUUAAGGUAUUGAGAGUUUUAUGUCAGAGAUAUCCAAAGAAAAAAUUAAUAUUGGGGAGAAUGGCUUACCAACAAACGUUUCCUAUAGAAUAUCCCUACCAAAGUUUUUAGAUUGCA